AUGGCCACUCGAAGACGAGAAGACCGUCUUCACGACGAUCGUUAUAAACUUUGGGUUCCAGAGAACCCGGCUGACCGUGACUACGAACAACGCCGUCAUCGCGAAUCUAAGUCUCGUGCUCAUCCCCAGUACUCUUCUGCUGCACCUUUAGCCGGUAGAACACGUUCUUCUUCUGCCCAGUACCCAUCCACAGGUCAUCAUUCAGCCACACAACCAACUAACACCAAGGGUUAUCCUCCAUCAGCAUCUUCACGCCACGCCCAACCAGAACCCAUUGACUCCAGAUCUCAUCGUCGACCUGCCCCAACCCCCAAACCAUCAUAUGAACAAGUCUCCGGUGCCGAAGACGUUGGAAGAUCUUCCAGGCAAACUUAUUCUUCCCGUCCUAUCCAACCACAGACUACCGCGAACUCAACCACACCUUCCACUAAUUGGCCUUCAUCUGCUCAAGAUAUCUACUCUAAACGAUCGAAAGAUCGUGACCAGGAACGUGAUAGACAUCGAGAAAUGGAAAAAGAACGCGACAGAGAAAGGGCUAGCGCUGAACUCGAUAGGCAUCGUGAAAGACACAGAUCUGAACAGCAUCGAGAGAAGGAAAAGGCCGAUAGGCAGAGGGAACAAACCAGGCACAGACGCGAGAAAAGGAUCGAGUCAGAUUCUGAAGGCCUCAUGUAUUCAGACAAAGCUUCCAUCUCUGGCAGGGAAGCAUAUCAGCCCUCCAUUCGCGAGUCUAUCACUAGUCACAGGCGACAUCGUACAGAAGACGGAGUCUCAUCGGUAUGUCGAACUGAUUUUAUAUGGGGACAUCAUGUUGAUACUGUGCUAAAGGCCCGCCGACCUCAUCCUGACCCUUCUCACAACCAAACUUCUGCUGUGCACAUGCAGUCUACAGGUCCCCAGCAAGAGGCUGUGACUCAGAGUAAUACAGCAGGCGUAGGAAGCAAUCCACCGCCCGCGCCUCGCGUGAUGCCUGUCUACCUUCCUCAUAAACCUUCCAAAUCACAUCACGAGCGACAUACGUCCGCGGCUGCGCAAGGAGCUCAAUCAGGCAGUGACACUGAACGAGCUUCUCUGAAAGUAAGUCACUUAAACAAUAUUGCUCAACUCCCUUUGACCCUUUUUUCAGCACCGCAUGGAGAGAAACCACUCGGGUGGCCCCGUACAGAGAGGUGA